CCGGGGCUUUUAGGUCUUCUUUGCCUUCACAAAAAUUUGUCCAAGGCUGACUAUUUUUGACGGUCUAUCCGCUAUUGUGAUGUUUUCAAGUAUCAACAUUAUUUUGAUAUUAGUUUUCCAAAACCUGGCAACCCUGAUACUGAAUGAUAUCACGCUCGCAUUGGUUAUAUUUAGAACGAUUCGGUGUGGCAAGAUGCUCCGCCCGUGGAGAUUUAUGAUAGUGUGUGUGAUUCAAAUGUUAUAAUCUUUCGGAAAAAUUGCCUGUUAUUAUUCGUAAUUACUCACUAAAUUUUUAUCUCGUAUUGACAAUCUUUGUGCCAAAUUUCACAAGUUUCACUAUCUCCAAGUCAAUCUAUAACGUCUGUAUGUUUUGAUAUUAAAUAUCUCACAAGUAUUCAAAAUGGGAGAUCCAACUUUUAUAAAAGGCAAAAGCUUAAAAGUCACUAAAUCACAGAAAAAAAGGAUGAUUGUGCCAGAUGUAAUGCUGCGUACUGAAAACGUAUUGAUUCCUGUCAUAGAACCUAUGCCCAUCAAGCAGACCUUUAAUACUUCUUUAACAGAAAACAAGCCUCAGAUUUUGAAGACACAAAAAUACAGAAAUAGCCCUGCAUUACUAUUUUCAGAAACACCGUCGCAUACAUUAUACAAUUAUUUGGAGAACUUACUUGAGGUGAAGAAAGUUAAGCAACGUAAACUCAAGAAUGAAAGCACAAAAUAUACUAUUUCUGGAAAAACAGAUUCAUCAACCAUCAAGAAAACGAAUGUUCUGCAAAACUUAUAUCCAUUAAAGGAACAGUCUUACAAAGAGACAAAUAACACAUCAUAUUUUCCCAAUACUAGGCCUGAGCAAUUGGAGCUAUUAGCAAAAGACAAGGAACUGCACAAAGCAAGCUCAAAGUCCAUACAACUAUCAAGAAAAUACAAUAUGUCUCAAUUGACAGGAAGUCAGAUAAAGGAUGAAAACAAAUUAGCAGUUAUGCCCAAAAUGAAAACUCCAAUUAGUAAUGUCACGAGCAAAUCACAAAUUGUAUCAAUGCCUAGUGAUACAUUGUACAACAUUACAGAUACUGCUUCCACAAUAUCAACGUCAUCAGUAUCGAGUUUCAAUAUGGAAAAUAAAAGAACAUUUGCAAAAAUUGGAAACAGGGAAAAAUCGAUAUCCAGAGUGACAUCAAAUCAUUUGCAUCCUAACAGUGAAUACGAAAUCAACGUAUUGCAUUAUGAAAAUGAUAUUUCGUCAGAGAACAAAUUUCCACAUUUUGCAACUUCUCACUUGAACUCUGCUGAUACAAAUUGGUGUCUUGUUAGGGACACUAGUUCAGUCAAAAUUGGGGACAAUUUUGAGAAUGCUAAUGAUAAGCAAAAUAUUUUGGGAGAUCAGCAAGAACGAGAUAUGAGCAAGACUGUUCGCGAUAUUAAGUAUUCGUGGGAAACUUUAGACAGUUGGAUGUCGUAUCCUCGAAGAAGAGAGUACAAUAACUUGCGUGGACAGCAAUAUCUUGAAACGUAUGGCAGAAAGUCUUAUGAUUGUAAAAUAAAAUAUUCCUGGCAAGUUAUCGGGACAGGCACGCAGACGUCGUAUAGUUUGUUACAAGAUCUUCUGAACGACUCUACCACGGAGGAUCGUGAAUCUCCGUACAAAAUGUGCAGCAUAAAAUAUUCCUGGCAAAUCAUAGGAAUUAGCACGCAAGCAUCUCUGCACAAUUGUAACGAUUCGGAUUACUGGAGUGGCAUAUUGUUGACACCAAAUAAGAACUAUGAGAGCAGUUCUCGAAUUGGCGAUAACGAGAGAGACGCCAAGCCGCGAAAUCACGCCAAAUAUCCAGAAAGGAGAUUGAAGAGAUGCUUAAUAUUGAACAAUCAACAAACCCAAACGUUCGUUGAGAAAGAUGUUCAAGCCGACGUUAGCGACUACUAUAAUGCAAAAUAUUCUUGGCACAAUUUGAUUAAGAGAUAUCUACAUCGAAUUUUAGAAGCAUUGACCAACCAGAAGUUAUCCGACAAAUUGGAGCAAACCAACGACCACGCGGAAUUAUUGGAUAAAUAUCUGAUAGAGCCAUUGACGCCGAACGUUCCCAAUAAGACUUGUCUGACAUCCAAUAACGAUCACGAAAAAACGAAAGAACUUCUGACGAGAUUAACGUAUACAUUAAAGAAAUUGCAUCAGUAUGAGGAGAUCAAUGAACAAGAUCUUGACGAAAAGCAGAACACCGAGAGUAUACCGUGUGUCGAUGCGGAUAGCAUCUUAUUGCAGGAGGAUCUAUUGCCGCGGAAUAUGGAAGAGAAUAUCAAUAGUAUCAUAGAGUCUGCGCAAGAGUACAUGGCGAAACUGAAUUAUCAAUUAAAGGAUCUCGACGACGCUGAUCAACAGAUAGAAAAUAGUAUGAUGAGAACGUUAAAAGAUAUAGACGAGGCAUUUCAAUCUUUGUUAGAUGAUGUGUGCCGAGAAGUCAAUAAGAGACGCGAACAGCUUAUACUGGAGGCAGAAAUUCACAAGAAUGAAACUUUGAUACCGUUGAGAGCUUGUAGAAAAGAGGUGGAGGCACAGGUAGAAAACGCACAUAGCAUUAUCUUGAUAAGCGAGAAUAUGCUACAGCAUCCGGAGCAAUACCACGUGAAUGAAUUCGAGAAAGUAGUCGCUGCAAGCAACGAUAUGGGCAGGAUACCAGCGGUACCAUAUUCUGAGGAACUACCGAAUAUAAGUUUCAAUCGUCCGCUGAAUUUGAACAAAGAAGAAAUCAUCGAGCAAAUAUCGAAGGUGGGCUGCAUAUUACGAACGGUGCCCGUUCAAAUAAUCAACAUCGAGGAGAGACCGGCGGGUUUCUUCGUGAAAUGGCACAUUACCGAUCCGGAGUAUACAGCUGAGGAGCAGACAUUCGUCGUGGAGAAGGCUAACGGUGAGAUUCUCGAUCCGACAUCAAGAAGAUUCGAAACUGUAUACCGAGGACCCGAAACUUCUUGUUUCAUCAGAAACGUGGCAUUUGAUAAGCCAGUCACGCUCAGAGUCAGGAUACAAACGGAUAACGGCGCGAGGAGCGUGCAUCAUGUCACACGGACUUCUAUACCGCCAUACAGUUGGGGGCUCGAUAAUAAAGACUACGUGAUCACUAACAACGGUAAGGUAGCGGCGAAACUUACGAAUAUUACAAGCACACUAUUCUCACACGGUCCUCAAUUCGACGCAAAUUAUAUAAUUGAAUUCAAGUUUUUAGAAGUUUCGCAAAAAGGAAACGACGAUGAGGGUAUCGCGUUAGUCCAUGAGCCGCGAGGUUGCAGCGACACUUUGAAAAGACGAUCUUCUCUCAUGAUAACACCUCGAGGCACGAUCUUCAUGGAUGGUGAAAAGAAACUGAUGCAUUUGCCGAGAAUGCGUUUCGGCACAGACAUUACGAUCUCUGCCUUCCGAAAGAAUGCUCACGUGUUGCGGAUGAAUAUCGAGUCUGAAAAUAAAUGUGUCACUUAUGACUGGCGUGUACAAACGCCGCUUUACUUUGCCGCCCGAUUUACAGAGUACAAUAAGUGGAAUUUGAUGAUCAAGUAAAAAGGGAAAUGUAUCAACCACAUAAAACUUAUUUUUAUUACAGACAACUCGAGAUAUUGAUGUAAUUUUGCAGCAAUAAAAAAAAUGAAGUGCCUUAUAUAUAUAUAUAUAUAUAUAUAUAUGUAUAUAU